AAGUGUUGACCCCGAGAUUGCUGCCUUCCAACUUUAUUUUUUUUAGGGGAAAAAAAAGUUUUUCCCCCUCUGUCUCUAACUCCUUUCUCACUUACUCUGCCACACUCAUGGAUUUGUACCUGUUUGGAUUUGUGUUGUUUCUGUUGAAUUCAACCCGCGGACUGGCUGGCUAUCCGAUCUGGUGGUCUCUGGCUCUGGGGCAUCAGUACUCGUCUCUCGGUUCCCAACCCAUUCUGUGCGGUAGCAUCCCGGGUCUAGUCCCAAAGCAACUCCGCUUCUGCAGGAACUACAUCGAGAUCAUGCCCAGUGUGGCCGAGGGAGUGAAGAUCGGAAUCCAGGAGUGUCAACAUCAAUUCCGGGGCAGGAGAUGGAACUGUACCACGGUCAAUGACAACCUGGCGAUCUUCGGGCCAGUUCUGGAUAAAGCCACCCGGGAGUCUGCCUUUGUCCAUGCCAUUGCCUCAGCUGGAGUGGCCUUUGCCGUGACACGCUCCUGCGCCGAGGGCUCCAACACCAUCUGUGGCUGUGACUCACACCACAAGGGUCCGCCGGGCGAGGGCUGGAAGUGGGGGGGCUGCAGUGAAGACGCAGAGUUCGGCGUGCUGGUGUCCAGGGAGUUUGCUGACGCACGGGAGAACAGGCCAGAUGCCAGAUCCGCGAUGAACCGACACAACAACGAAGCUGGACGGACGUCAAUCCUGGAUCACAUGCACCUGAAAUGCAAGUGCCAUGGUUUAUCCGGGAGUUGUGAGGUGAAGACCUGCUGGUGGGCCCAGCCGGAUUUCCGGGUGAUCGGGGAUUACCUGAAGGACAAAUACGACAGUGCAUCUGAGAUGGUGGUGGAGAAGCACAGAGAGUCCCGGGGCUGGGUGGAAACCCUUCGUGCCAAGUACGAGCUCUUUAAACCCCCGACCGAGAGAGACCUUGUCUAUUAUGAAAACUCGCCAAACUUUUGCGAGCCAAACCCUGAAACUGGCUCUUUUGGGACCAGGGACAGGAUCUGCAACGUCACUUCUCAUGGCAUCGAUGGCUGCGACUUGCUGUGCUGUGGCCGUGGACACAACACUAGGACGGAGAAACGCAAGGAGAAGUGUCACUGCAUAUUCCACUGGUGCUGUUAUGUCAGUUGCCAGGAGUGUGUUCGUGUUUAUGAUGUACAUACAUGCAAAUAACAGGACACACAACCACCACAUGUCAAUAACAAACUCUUUCUCUCUCUCUCUCACAUGUGCGCAUGCGUGCGCGCAUGCGCGCACACACACACACACACACACACACACACACACACACACACACACACACACACACACACACACACACACACACAAUUAGGUGAAACAGUCUGGAACCAUUCAGCCACUGUUGGGCAAAGCAAGAUAUGUGACCUUUGGUUUGCACGUACAUUGCCAAAAUGUAUUCUGUGGAAUGUAGUCUUUCAUUGAUCAAAUGUUUUAUUUUAUCCACAUACCAGGAGGUCAUAACCUAAAAUUUAUUACAGUGGUUGAGGAAAGAAGUAAAAUUUCCACUGAGCCCCAUUGGUACAAUAAUCUUAUCUUGUUACCUUUCCUACUCCCACCUCCACAGAAGGCUCUUACACUCGAGCAGCUGCUAAUACAAUGUAACUUUGAGGACUUUCCCAUAGUUUUGGUAAUUAUGGGUUAGCUUAGCUUGUCCCAAUCAAAACGACAACUUGCUUAGAAAUUAUAACAGAUAAUGAAUGACUGGAAGAAGUAACCAGCACUGGUUAUAACUUGGAUGGAUCUCAGGUUAGAUUAGGUGCCUUUGUUUUUUCCCAUCCUAGAAGUGACAAAUACAAAGCCAAUUUCAGGGUGAUCUUCUCUGGGAUUAGGAUUGUUAUCAACACAGAGGUGAAGGGAUGGGAGGAGGAAUGAGGGUGCUGUUCUUGGGAAAAACUCAUUGCUCAAGUGAACUGAGUCAGCACGCAGAGCUCUGAGGGUGCAGUAAAGAUAAACAGAAGUAAAUUCGGGAAAUGCAGUUGGGAAGUUCUGAAGACCUUGGCUAUAAGGGUUAUAAUAGACAUUGGCCUUUGCAAUUCUGCAGCAAUGACCUAUUUGGAAAAGUCCCCCAAGGCUUUCUUGUGAAAUUACUUUUGAAUAGUUAAUGAAAUAUCCACCUGACCAGAAUGGGAAGCAUUUAAAUUCCUAGUUCUAAAGCUGGUCCCAAUGAGGACGUCUUUAAAUCAGUCUCAUUUUAGUUUUGUUUUGUUCAGGCCCAAUUUUUAUGUGUUUCUGAAUUUAAUUUCUGUCGCCUUGACAGGAAAGACUACAACCUCCAGAAUCCAUUGCACAAGUCUGUAUCCCACAGGGCUGGAGAUACAAGCUGUGGUAUUAAUAUUGUAAUAACAGCUUCAUCUUCCAGCAGUACAUUUAUUAUAUCCUCAACUCGAAAGAUAUCAGACAAGAUCCCGGUUGCAAAACUUCCUAGUUCUUUAGGAUGGUGACUGUAUCACGUACUAUACAUGAAUUUAAGUAUUAAUACUGCUUGUACUUCACACCUACCAGUCGCACCUUUAUCAAAUGAUUGAAAGUUGAGAUUUGAAUGGAUUUAUUAAUCAGCUGAUGCAGACAUGCCUUCCUCUUCCAGGGACCUUGCAUCCACCAACACUGAAGAGCAAUUCUACUUACAUACAAAUGUGCCUUCUUUCUGUGAAAGAAAAAAAAAUGAUGGAUAAGAUAAAGAAGCAAGGCAGGAAUUCAUUGUUGAGCCCCAUGGAUAGCUUUCCUGAAUGAGCAAGUAGUUACUUCAAGCAAAUGGGCGUUGACAUCCUAUGCUCGAAAAAUAACCAACAGUCUGCAACAUUUAUCGUAGCAUUUUUCUACCUUGUAGCCUGGAAUUACUAGCUCCAAGUUGAACCUGUAUUGCAAGUUGCUAUAUCCAAAGUUUUGUACAAAUUAGAUGUUUGACCCUUUGAUUUUAUAUUCUUAAAGCCUAUGUUUUUAUAAUUAUUUAUUGCACAAUGUGUAUAUAUAUGACUCAACUGAGAUUAUAUAUUUGCAGAAAGUGUCUUAUCUGCUGUUUCUAGUUUAUAAACUUGCCAUGGUGGCUUGAAGGCAGUGUGAGCUACAUUUACUAUCAUGCUUCACAGUGCAGGAUCCAGAGUGAGUUCUAUGGAAGCGGAUGUUAAAUGUAUAAUCUCUCCUGUCACUCAG